UCUGCAGACUGCUGUCUGCACAAGAAAGAGACAGACUGAGAGAGAGAAAGGCCUCCAUACUUGUUUGUUAUUAUUCUCUUUCCUUCCUUCUCCAAUCCAAAUCAUGAGCAACGAAGAAAUAGCCCAUGAUUUCUCUCCCAUGAUUAAAGUCUACAAAGAUGGUCGAGUUGAGAGACUCCUAGGCACAUCAACAGUUCCUCCGUCAACACAUCCAGAGAAUGGCGUCCAAUCAAAAGACGUUGUGAUCUCACAAGAACCAGCCAUAUCUGCAAGGCUUUACAUCCCAAAAUCCGCCGCCACAAGCUCACCCCAAACCACACUGCGUGCCCCGGAAAUCCCGUUGCCGGCGGCUUACGAUGAUUCAUGGGCUGCUCUCAAAUGGGUUGCUUCCCAUUUUGAUGGAAACGGCUCUGAAGAUUGGCUAAACAGAUUUGCAGAUUUACGCGGUGUGUUUUUCGGUGGUGACAGUGCUGGAGCUAAUAUAGCACACAACAUGGCUUUGAAAUUGGGGUGUGAGGGAUUGGUUGGUGUUAAGCUUAUUGGGAUUGUAUUGAUACAUCCUUACUUUUGGGGCACAGAGCCAGUUGGGGAAGAGUUAACUAUCCCUGAAGCUAUAAGAGAGUAUAUAGCUGCAUUGUGGCUUUUCACUUGCCCUUUGAGUAUCGGAUCCGAUGACCCGCUUUUCAACCCGGGAAAGGAUCCGAAGUUGGGGGAAUUGGGUUGCGAGAAAGUGCUGGUUUGUGUUGCUGAGAAAGAUGGUUUGAAAGAUAGGGGGUGGCAUUAUUGUGAGGUACUGAAGAAGAGUGGAUGGAAAGGGAUUGUGGAGGUCAUAGAAGCAAAGGGGGAGGAACAUGGGUUCCAUUUGUUCAAUCCCAAUUGUGAGAAUGCUGUGGCCAUGAAGAAAAAGAUUGCUUCCUUCUUGAAUUAGAAUAAUUUGCCUGAAAAUCUUGGUGUACUUAGUUUGGUAUUAUGUAUUAGGAAAUUGUAAAUCACCUUUGUUUUUCUAAAUGUGAUGAGUUUAAGGCCUAGGUCUAGUGAUCUUCCUAAUUUUAAUCGUGGGAUGUGUUUUGAAUUAAAAAUCUAAACAAGUCAUUUUACAAUUCAUUUUUGGCCAGCAAUGAGAGGACUUGAACCUGUGGAUGUUAAGAUCUGGAAGAAAUGGUACUCAAUAAAACGAUCUAGAUUUUAAAACAAGUGGAGCUAAAAAAGGAAAUAAAAUAGACUCUGA